UUUUUCAGCUGUGUGAGUUCAGACGAGUUCUUUUGUCCGGUAACGAGGCUUCCUCGAAACAAAACAGGUGAGGGCGCUGUCUCACCAAAAUACAAAUAAGAACCUCAGCAUUGGCCAUGAGUCGUGUCUUGAUCGGGUUGAUGAUCUGCAGCUGGCCUGUGGUCAGUGGCCUGUUUGAGUGGCUGAGGCGGACACAUCCGGAACCAGUGCCGCCACCGCAGUACCCACCAGUGUCUCCGGUGGCUCUGGCGAAGAACGCCCAGUUUGAAAUGACUACCACUGAUGAGAAGUUUUUGGCUGAAGUGAAGGAGAUAGAGCUCAGCCCAUUGGACAGCUGCCACUAUAAGGUGGUCUCCCGUCUGAAGUCGAGUUGCGACCGUCUCUCAGAGGAGCAGCUGGCGAAGCUCGGUGUGACCUUGCUGAACUGCCAGGCAGAGGUCGAAGGUCGGAGGACCUACCCAUGUACUGACGAAAUGACUAUUAAAGAGUGCACAACAGAUAUGGACUCCGACACGUGGAACGCGUACCACAUCGUUAGCAACAGGGCGCUCUCUGUGUGCUAUGCCGCCCGCCAGCAGCUCUUCCGGCGUCGCGCCGAGCACACGGUCAACACUCUGAUUUCCACAGCAGCCAGCCAGCUGGAUGCAAUGAAGGAGCUGAAGGAAGGGCAGCUGGAGCUGAGAGAACUAACUGCAGACUCCAUGAACAAGCUGCUUGCGGGGCACAGUGCCCUGCAGACCCAGCAGGGAAAACUGUUUGAGGGCCAGGAGCUCAUGGAUAGUUCACUGAAGGCCAAUUUGGAGCACCUGGGCCAGGAGAAGGCCCUCAUCGCCUCUGGACAGCAGCUGGUAGGAGAGCUCAUUCAGGACAUCACAAAGAAAAUGGAAAAUGUGAGCGAGCAUCUACAGAGCCACAGCUCGGAGGUGCAGGACAGCCACAGCGCCAUCGUCAAAGACCUCGCUGACGUCCGACACCAAGCUCAGGACAUCUACCAGAGAAUUGACCACAGCAUGUCCGAGUUCCUGCAGUACCAAGACCAGACCACGCAGUACUACGCUGACCUGAUGAGGAAGCUGGAGCGCAUGAACAACACGCUGGGAGUUGCGUUACGCUAUCUGGAUAACAUGCAGAGCCGCAUAGAGGAGCGGCUUCACGUGAUCCAGGCCUGGCUCGGCUCAGCGGGUUUGAGCCUUGCAGCCAUGUGGACGUGUCUCCUUCACACAGGAUACUUUGUCAUGUGUGCCAUCCUGCUCACCUUCUUGCAUUGUCCUGGUUUCUCCAGAGCCGCGCUGCUCCUCGCUGUCCCUCUGAACGCAGCAGCUGAGGUCAACCAGCAGCCGGCGCUAGAUCUGAGCAGCCUGACUCUGCUGCUGCUCACCCUGACCCUGGGUCAUUGGGUUGUGACUCAGCUGUGGACGUGCUUGCAGAUCAGCCCAAAGCUGGCGGUGCUGCUGCCGCCGCCGUGUGAAAUUGUGGCACCAGAGAAGCUGCCCGUUGUCUCGUCCACACCACGGAGAGAAGAAGAAGAUGGCUGCAGAGAAUCCAGCGAACUACUGGAUCAUGACAGUUUCAUAUCAGGUGACGUGGAGCCUCUGCUCGGGCCACGGUUUAUACCAACAAUCAGCAAACCCGAUCACUCCACUCCCUGGACGGCUCUGCUUGAUGAAACCCCACCCAGGAACCCCAGAGGAGCGACAGACUGGUGUGAUGUUUGGAAUGAUUCCCGAAGUGCAAGUCCGUCCCUGUCGGUACUCAGUAACCGCUCAGCAUCAGGACGCCAGCUGUGCAGCGCCGUCACGAAGAUCGGGAAGCCCUGCAAGAAGAGAGCCACAGCGGGGCAGGAGUACUGCAGAGUGCACGAAGGCGGCCACACCUCCUACAUGGACUGACUUCCUGUUAGCACUGUGACAUCACACCAGACUCCACCUUCCUGUGGUUUGUAGUAUUUUGAGCGGCUGGCGUAUUCCGCUGUCAACCC